AUGGUUUUUGAAUAUUCUCAAAAUGUUUUUAUUUCAAAAAACUAACCACAAAAAAAAACAAGUAUACUUUAAAGUAAGAAAUUUAAGAAAUAAGAUUAAUCAAAUGAAUUUAAUCAUAGAGGAAAAGUGAUUUCUAGUAUAAGCAAUUCACUAUCACUUUUAAAUGUGCCUACUAAUAAUUUAUAUGAAUUUAUUUAGUUUAAUUAUGCCGAAUAUCUAAUAUUUACAAAGUAGUAUAAAAAGGCUGCUUAUAUUCUGACCUCUAUUCUUGAGAAAAGCAAACGCUUAAUGUCAAAUAUGCCCUACAGAAUUAUUUUUAAAUUGUAAUAAAUAUUUGAUUUAUUUAAGAUCCAAGAUAAAUCUAUCAGAGACUAAUAACAAAGAUUUAAUAAAAAUAAAAAUAUUAAAUUAGUGAUUUCAUUUGAGAUUAACCAACCUCAACAAGAUAUACUUAAAUUAUCAUUAAAUAAAUAAAAUAAUUAUAAAUAUGAAGAAAAUUAAAAUUUUUCCUUUGAUCAAUUAUAACUAUUCAUAAAACUUAUUGAAGAAGCUUUAGAACUCUGUCUUAUAAUAUAUGCCGUUAAUAAGAACUAGUUAGCUUAAAUUUUAAAAAGAAUAAAUUGUAAAUGA